CUUUCUGCUUCUCUGCAACACAUUACCCACUCACAGAGAAACCCAAAAUCCUCUAGAGAGAGAGACACAGAGAGAGAGAUUUCGGAGAUGGAAGGCAAGGAAGAAGAUGUUAGAGUCGGAGCUAACAAGUUCCCGGAGAGACAACCGAUCGGAACAUCGGCUCAGAGCGAUAAGGACUACAAGGAGCCACCGCCUGCGCCGUUGUUCGAGCCCGGCGAGCUUGCGUCGUGGUCCUUCUGGAGAGCCGGAAUCGCAGAGUUCAUCGCUACGUUUCUGUUCCUAUACAUCACUGUUUUGACCGUUAUGGGCGUGAAGAGGUCACCGAACAUGUGUGCUUCCGUCGGAAUCCAAGGGAUCGCUUGGGCUUUCGGUGGUAUGAUCUUCGCUCUCGUCUACUGCACCGCUGGUAUCUCCGGUGGACACAUCAACCCAGCCGUGACGUUCGGUCUGUUCUUAGCCCGGAAGCUUUCGCUCACACGAGCUGUGUACUACAUAGUGAUGCAGUGCUUGGGAGCUAUCUGUGGAGCCGGUGUGGUCAAAGGUUUCCAACCAAAGCAAUACCAAGCUCUAGGAGGUGGAGCCAACACCAUUGCUCAUGGCUACACCAAAGGAAGUGGUCUCGGAGCUGAGAUUAUUGGAACCUUUGUCCUCGUUUACACCGUCUUCUCUGCCACUGAUGCCAAGAGAAACGCUCGAGACUCUCAUGUUCCCAUUCUUGCGCCGCUCCCUAUCGGAUUCGCUGUCUUCUUGGUCCACUUAGCAACCAUCCCCAUCACUGGAACUGGAAUCAACCCAGCAAGAAGUCUUGGAGCUGCAAUCAUCUUCAACAAGGACAACGCUUGGGACGACCAUUGGGUCUUUUGGGUUGGACCAUUCAUCGGUGCUGCACUUGCUGCUCUAUACCACGUGAUAGUCAUCAGAGCAAUCCCAUUCAAGUCCAGAAGCUGAUUGAAUUACUUUUAAAAAUCUGGCUUCUGUUUUCUUAGUUUGCUUUCUUUUGUGAAUCUACUGCUUGUAUGAAACAUCGUGUGUAUGUGCUGUUCCUCUUCUUUGCCUAAUUCAGACUCUUUAUGUAAAACAAAGACAUUUCCCUGAAAAAUAUGUAAUCUCUCUUCUCCACUUUUCAAGCGAAUUCUAUAUUUGGAACA